AUGGAAGUAAUGAUUGAUGAACUAUGUAAUGCUAAUUCAAAAUUUGGUAAAUUAACAGACUAUAUUUUAAAUAAUUAUAUUGAAGAUGCUCGUUUUUCGUUUGAUAUGUGGAAUCAUUUUGAUUCAGUUGGUGAACGGCCGCGUACAAAUAAUCACUUAGAAGGGUAUCAUAGACAACUAAAUGCACGCGUGCGAACGAAUCCGGAUCUCUGGACAUGGAUUAAUGAAGUUCGUUCAUCUAAAGAAUCUGUUAUGUGCCGCUAUGAACAAGAACAAGCUCAAAAACGUACAACAAGGCCAAGAAAAACGAAAAACAUACGUGAUGGUGUGAAGCUUAAAUUAGCAAAAACAAAAGAUAUUGAAGAUAAAGACUUUGAUAGUUAUCAAAAGGUUUUGAGAGCUCUUUCUCAUCGGUAUAUAGAUGUUAUAAAAGAUGCCGGAGAUAGUAGUGACGAAGAUUAA